GACUCCAGCAGGAGGGCCUCAGGCCGCAGUCCCAGCCCCAGCCCCUCCACUCUUUCUUUGCUUCCCACAGAAGCCCUGUGCUCCUGCCCCUCUACAGGCUAGGGGUGCGGUGAGGAAGCUGUGAAGGACCCAGUCACAGGCAGGGAAGUGCAGCAAGGACGUGGCAGGUCUGGGGCAUCGCCGGGGAAUUCCAAACAGUCUUCUGGGUACCUGAGGCCUCCCCUCCUCCCCACGUAGGCAGGGAGGCAGUGGGACGCUUGACCACACCCGACAGAUUCCAGAAAUCUGUGACGGAGAUCUGGGGAAGCCACAGCCAUGGCAGGCCCCCGGCACCCGGUGUCUGUGAGCGGGGCAGCUCUGGUACAGACAGACAGGCUCCAGACGUUCGCCUUUUCCGUGUGCUGGUCGGAUGACAGCGACACCUUCGCACGAAGAAGCUGGGAGGAGUUCAGGAGACUCCAUAAAACCCUCAAGGAGACUUUUCCAGUGGAGGCGGGUCUGCUGCGGAGAUCUGACCGCAUUCUCCCCAAGCUUACAGAUGCAUCGUUAUUGGUGCACUGGGGCCACACUGGCCGAGGCCUGGCACGCCUGCAGCUGCUGGAGACCUACUCAAGGGCGCUGCUGGCGGCAGGGGAGCGUGUGACCCACAGCCCGGUGCUCACUGGCUUCUUUGCACCACAACCCAUGGACUUGGAGCCUGUGCUGCCAGCUGGCAGCCUGGUGAUCCUGCCUGCCCCGCAAGAGCCCCUGCCAGGCCCCACGGGCAGCCCUGCCAUCCGCAGCCAGGAGGCUCAGAGCCUGCACUGUCUGCAGCCCUUCAGCACCCAGGACACAUGGGGCCAGCCCUUCCAUGCUCGGGCCCAGGAGGCCCUAGAUGUGCUGCUGCGACACCCCUCAGGCUGGUGGCUGGUGGCGAAUGAGGACCAGCAGAUGGCAUGGUUUCCUGCUCCCUACUUGGAAGAGCUGGCCCUGGGCCAGGGACGAGAUGGGGAAUGGUCCCUAGGGAGCAGUGGGUACCAGUUCUGUGCUUCCCAUGCCUACGAGAGCAGCCAAGCCGAUGAGCUGUCUGUGACCACAGGGGCACGCGUGCGUGUGCUGGAAACAUCAGACUGUGGUUGGUGGCUGUGCAGGUUCCGAGGCCGUACUGGUCUUCUCCCAGCUGCAAUACUGCAGCCUGACGGGCUGGGCACACUCCUCAGCGGACCAUGGCUCCACCUCAGGGUAGAUGGUGGUGAGGACAGGGAGGGCGAGGCCCAAAGCUCCCCCAAGUCCCCCCAGGCCACGACCCUGCCGCCUACCGUGCCUGCCCGACCAUCUCGGAGUGCCAUUCAGAGCUGCUGCUGCACCAUCACCCGUAAGGCACUGGAGCAGUACCCAGGGUGUCAUGGACCCCCUUGAGAGUGUGUGGCAUGUUGUGGAGGGCUUCGCUGUGCACCCCACAGCUGGAGCGGCAGGCCAGAGGCUCCAGACCCCAAGGAUGGUGGCUGCCAGCCACAUCAGCCUCAGGGCUGUGGGAUGCGCAGUUGAGGGUGGGACUCCCUGGCUGGUGGGGCAAGGAGACUACACUCUCCCUUGUCUUCUGAGUAAAGUUCUCCUGACU